CUCUCGGGCAAAAUCAAAAAUGGCUGGGAAACAAGUCGGAAGCGUGGUAUUUGUUACCGGUAACUCGAAGAAACUGGAAGAGGUUGUUCAAAUCCUAGGUGACAAGUUUCCUUUCACACUUGUUUCCAAAAAGCUUGACUUACCAGAGUACCAGGGUGAGCCAGAUGAGAUUUCAAUAAAGAAAUGUCAGGAAGCAGCCAGAGAGGUCCAAGGCCCCGUUAUAGUAGAGGACACAUGUCUAUGCUUCAAUGCACUUGGCGGCCUUCCUGGUCCAUACAUAAAAUGGUUCCUGUCAAAGUUACGACCUGAAGGUUUGUAUAAGAUGCUGACUGGCUUUGAAGACAAAUCAGCUUAUGCACUCUGCACCUUUGCGUACAGCACAGGAAACCCAGAAGACCCAGUGAAGCUGUUUCGAGGGAAAACUCUGGGCAAAAUAGUUGAUCCUCGGGGACCCAGAGACUUUGGUUGGGAUCCUUGUUUUCAGCCUGACAACUUUGACCAGACAUAUGCAGAAAUGCCGAAAGCUCUGAAGAACACAAUAUCUCACCGUUAUAAAGCGCUUCGUGAGUUGGCAGACUAUUUCAUUGCAGAGAAUGAUUCUUCAAAAAAGCCCCGGCUAGAGGAGGAAAGCCAUUAAAACAGUGCUUUUUCAUUUUUUAUUGAAUAAAAAAAGUAUAGUAUUUGUUCUGUACAUAACAAACUAUUUAGUACAUUUUGGAGAUGUGAUAAAUUAAAGGCGUUUUGUUACUCUUUG